AUGGUAGGCUCGCCCUCCAACAUGUCUCGACCAGAGCGCAGCCCUAUGCACUGGCCCACCUUUCCCGACAUUCCAAUCUACCUCGAUACAGGUAACAAUCGUGCGGCAGCAAAGUCGUAUGGGACUACCCCAACAACACCUACAACGCCAGAGAUCUUGCCUCAAGGUCGUCCAACACAUCUGAGUCCAGCCCAUAUCAAUGCCCCACCAAUCAGCCCGGCCGAGCCAAGUCCUACCACCACUAUUGAGACAUCAUCCGAUCAUCGCUCCGUGAUCUGGCCGAUUCCAGAACCGCCUCCAGAGGUCAUCACUCAACAGCCUCGCCGCCCACUACUUCGUUUCUUCCCCACGGAUCGACCGCGUGUUCGACUCGAUGAGCCUUCGUCUCAGGCUCCACAGAUGUGUACGGAUCCAGAGAAGCAAGACUAUUCUGAUCACAAGUCUCGCUUUGGUCUUGGUAUCAGCGACGGCCCGCCCAGGCCACCUUCCAUCCGGAUACAGCCACCACCCUUCGACAACGAGAAGGUAGAACCGGCAUCGAACAUCGCCCAGCGUAUUGAGGAGAAGCUCUGGACCUACAACUCUUCGGGUAACGUCGUCGAGCGCUGGCUUCUUGAGAUCGUCAGUUGGUUGAUUAGUGCUGUGUGCAUGGCCGCAAUCAUCGCGGUUCUGGUUGUUCUCAAAGACAAGCCCUCCUCCAAGUGGCCUUUCACCAGUAUUGGACUCACACUGAACGCGUUUGUUUCAGUGCUCUCACGCAUCGCCGGUGCCGCACUCCUGCUUCCUGUCGCGGAAGCACUCGGACAGCUCAAAUGGAGUUGGUUUAUACGAGGAGACUCGAAGAAGAUGUGGGAUUUUGAGAUGUUUGACAAUGCAUCACGAGGGCCGUGGGGCGCCUUUCUGCUGCUCAUCCAUACGAAAGGCAAGACCAUUGCAGCUCUCGGUGCUCUCGUCACUAUCUUUGCCCUGGCACUAGAUCCUUUCUUCCAACAGGUCGUCAGCUUUCCAGAACGCUGGACAUUACAAGAUGCACACAGUUCCGUCGCGCGCACUGUACGCUAUGAGCCCGAAUUCGGAGUCGAAUAUCAGAACGGGGUACCCAUCGUCCAGCUAGAUACCGUGAUCCAGAGCGUCGCCGACCCUUUCUUCCUAGACAACGGAACAAAGCCAAUGCCUUUCGGCAAUGCUAGCAGAGCGGAAGUACCCUUAUCUUGCCCUAGCAGCAACUGCACCUGGCCGAGUUACGAGACUCUCGGAAUGUGCAGCCAGUGCGUGGAAGCGCCUGAACUUCUCAACUUCACGUGUAUGUUUACGCGGGUUGACUGGACCUCAGGACUCAACUCGACAGAGUCUUCUUAUCCCAACGCCACGGUGUGUGGGUACUUCCUCAACUCUACCAGUGAUACGCCAAUACUUAUGUCUGGUUAUAUGCUCGGUGAGGAUGGGAAGACUAAAGGCGAGGCCUUACUCAUGCGGACUCUGCCGCUGACAACCAACUACAUGCGCGAUCCUCUUUACGGAGACGGCUCAGUCAACUUCAAGAACAUGCGCAACUCGAUCGUGGAUGCUUUGAUCUCUAGUUCCACGAACAUUGACGAAGUCUAUGCCGACAAGAUGCCAGCACUUCAUGAGUGCGUAGUAUCUUGGUGCGUAAAAACGAUUCAGUCAUCAUACUACCUUGGCACAUACAAAGAGGAAGUCACUCAAGUGUUCCUCAACAAAACGAAAGGCCCAUAUCCGUACUACACCUAUGAGGUGCCGGACGACGUUAUCAUGACUGAUUACAUCGAAAACGUUACGAUAUCCGCACCACCGACAGCCCAGAACUUUUCGGAAUUCGGAUGGGGUGUAAACAAUAACACCCACCUCUACGCCCUUAUGAUCUUCGAUCGCAUCUUUCCCUCGUUCACGAGCGUUACCAACGCGUCUGCCGAGCCACUUCUUCGAUGGAGGACGGGUCAUCCGACGUAUGUUAGAACAAAGAUUCUAGACUUCAACCCGUGGUUAUUACCUAACAACAUCACACACCACAUGGACAGGAUGGUUGAGUCCAUUACCAAUGCGAUUCGAUCUUCCACCAGCAGUGAGUCGGUAUUCGGUCAAGCUUUCGACAAUGAAAUCUAUGUAGAUGUGCGAUGGGCCUGGUUAUCACUACCACUCAUCUUGCUCUUCGUUAGCUGUGUAUUCCUUGUUUCUACAGUCGUCAAAAGUGCUACUGAGAAAGGCUCAGAAGAACUCAGCGAUCGCGACAUUACUCUAUGGUCUUCCCGAUCAUUAUCAGAAACGACUGGCAAAAUCCGAUUCAAAGGGUACCCCAAGAACAAGAGCAAAGAACUUGAGAGUCAGAUUGUCUGCGACGCGAGGUUGGAGAAGUUCAGGGAAUGUAUUCACGCCUCUUACUCCGAAGGCGCCACCGAACCUACCACCACCUGGGUGGAUCUAAAGCCAUUACCGCACCCGAUAGCCGCGAUUGGAAGAGCUACCAGUGUACAAGUUGCCGUAAUCGUACGGUCAGAAUACAGGAGAAUGAAAUCGGUUGAAUGA